AUGAUCAAUUUGUCUGAUCUUGUCUUGGAUGUUGCUCCCUUAUCCAUGAUUCAUCCACCCACUUGGAAGAAAGCAACGCCUUCUGUUUCAAAGAAUUUUAAGACUUCUGGUAAGUCUCCUGUUUCUGAGCCUAGAAUCCCUAGUGAAGAUAAGACUGUUGUUGAAGAGGGUUCUAGGUCUAGAGGUUAUGAGAUGGGAAACCCUAUUAAGCAUGCUGGUGUCACUGAGAAUCAAACUGAAGCGAAAAGGAUUGCCAUUGAUAAGGAACUUAGGAAGUUUGUUACCACUGUGUUGAAGGAAGUUGAUUCAAAAGUUUUGCCAUAUGUUCAAACAUCUUUGGAAAAAGAAGCUAGACCUGAUGGCGAUUCUAGUGAAAAGGCUGAUGAAUGUGUCCUUGAGAAAGCUGCGCAUGAAAGAAUGAGUAAGAAGAAGGUUGAUGAAUGUGUCCCUGAGCAAGUUGCGCAUGAAAGAAGGAGUAAGAAGAAGGCUGAUGAAUGUGUCCCUAAGCAAGCUGCUCAUGAAAGAAGGAGUAAGAAGAAGGUUGAUUAUGUUGUCAAUGUUGAUUACCUAACAUUUGAUGAGGAACCUCUUACCAACAUCUUGGCUCAUGGAAUAGCCAAGAGACUUCAGAGAAGAAAAGGAAAGGCUGUGAUGAGGAUAGCUUUGGAGAGGGAAUUGGGUAAGUAUGCCUUAAAAUGUAAGGAGGUUGUGGAGCUUAUAGAGGUUGUUGGUUUGAUGAAGACUGUCAUAAAUUUUGGUCCUUGCUAUGAAAGUCUAGUCAAGGAGUUUAUGGUGACCAUUCCUGAUGGGUGUGAUGAUGUGAAGAGUCUAGACUAUAGGAAGGUGUAUGUUAGAGGAAAUUUCAUAACAUUUUCUCCUGUUGUGAUCAACAAGUUUCUAGGAAGGACUGAAGAACCACAAGCUGAGCUAGAGGUUACAGAUGAUCAAGUAUGCAAGGAGAUAACUGCCAAACAGGUGAAACACUGGCCAAAUAUAGGAAAGUUGUCAACAAGGAAGUUGGUCAAGUAUGCAAUCCUUCAUAGGAUUGGGACUAUCAACUGGGUGCCUACAAAUCAUACUUCAACCAUCUUUACUAGACUUGGGAAGUUUAUAUAUGCUAUUGGAAUAAGAAGAGCUUUUGAUUUUGGGAAGUACAUUUUUGAACAAGUUCUGAAGCAGGCCUUCUCAACUGCUAUGAAGAUGCCUAUAUGUUUUCCCUCACUUAUCUGUUGGAUAAUCAUGAACCAACAUCCUGGAAUCUUAUUGCCUAUUGAUAGUGUACCUGGCCCUGCCACUUCCAAGAAGAGCGUUAUUGCACAACUGAAGGAGAUAUGUAAAGAAUUGGAUGAUUCCAUUCGAUCUAACACUUCUACAAAGAUAAAGCUUGAAAAUUCGAUCAAGGCUUUGAUGGAAGAAGAGGAUAAGGAAGUUGAACAUGGUGGUGAUGACAAUGUUGGAGCUGAUGUUGAGGACUCUGUUGGUGGCAAUGAUGCUGAGAAUGAUGAAGAUAAAGAAGCUGAAGGAGAGGAGUAUGCUACUACUGACUCAGAUAGUCAUAAAUAUAUCUGA